UGGGGGUGUAAACCUAAAACCGACCUCUCCAUCAGGAAACCCGGACAAACCUGAGAGACUCAUUUUAACACGGAACAACCUGCCACAUUGUGAUCCGCAUCACAUUUCAUCAUGUUCAGCGUAUCCGAGAUCGUGUCUGGUGAAAGCUACGAGGAGUGUCGGACCACAGCCGACUGGCUGCUGUCCAGCACGCAGGUGCGGCCGACUGUGGGAAUCGUGUGCGGUUCAGGUCUGGGGGGGCUGGCUGAGAUGCUCAAGGACCCUCAGGUCUUCAAAUACAGCGACAUUCCCAACUUCCCCCGGAGCACAGUGCAUGGUCAUGCUGGCCAGCUGGUGUUUGGAACACUAAAAGGGAAGCCGUGUGUUUGCAUGCAGGGCAGAUUCCACCUGUACGAGGGCUACCCCAUCCAGAAGAUCACAUUGCCCAUGCGCGUCUUCAAGCUGAUGGGCGUGGAGACGAUCAUCCUGACCAACGCAGCCGGAGGCCUCAACCAGGACUACAAAGUGGGAGACGUCAUGAUCCUCAAGGACCACAUCAACAUGCCGGGCUUCGCUGGGAUCAGCCCGCUGUCUGGACCAAAUGAUGACAGGUUUGGAGUCCGCUUCCCCUGCAUGUCUGACGCCUACGACCGUGAGCUGCGGCAGCUGGCCCAUGAUGUGGCAUCAGAGCUGGGCUACAACGACUUCCUACGGGAGGGAGUGUACUGCGUCCUGGGAGGUCCUUCCUUUGAAACUAUCGCUGAGUGUCGCAUGCUGCACAGGCUGGGAGCAGAUGCUGUCGGGAUGAGCACCGUCCAUGAGGUCAUCGUCGCCCGCCACGCCGGGAUGCGUUGCUUCGCCCUGUCGCUGAUCAGCAACCGGGCUGUGAUGGACUACGACAGCCAGGAGAAGGCCAACCACGAAGAGGUCCUGGAGACGGGCCGGCUGAGGGCCGAGCAGCUGGAGAAGCUGGUGUCCACCAUGGUGGCUCGGCUGGAGCACAACAACAACAACUCCUUCUGAACACGUGACUGAUGACGCUGCACCUGGUCCUGCUUUAUCUCUGCGUCACAGCAAGGUUUUGUUUUUUUUAAUGCUUUUUCGAACGCUAAAAAAAUCUGUAGAGUUAUAAACCCCCAGGCUGGGUUUCCUACUGGGUAAACUAGUUUGUUUGCUUUGUUUCCACUGACUGUUACUUUAAGUCUCGUCUUAAAAUCCUGGAAACUGGUCCACUUUUUUUUUUAUAUACACUCCUCUACCAGCAACGUUUACAUUUAUGAGGUGUACAGAUGAAUGAAAAAAUUAUCUGAAAGAUCCCUGCUGUGAUAUAUUAUACUGUAUUCAGCUAGUGUUUCAGUGAAACAGCAUCAUAUUGUAAUUUCUAAAAUAACUUAACUUAAAAAUAUACCUAUUUAUUGUUUCAGUGCUUUUUACAUUCCAUGAUAUCAGUUAACAACUAAUAUGAUAUUUACGUUAUUUAAUGUAGAGGGCCAACUCAUCACGCAUGUCUUCAUAAGAUCAUGGCUGAAAGGUGGAAAUAAUAAUUUCAUAUAGUGUAAAAGAGGUGUAAAAUGUUCUAAAAAAUAUUUAUACUAAUUGUAUUUAAAUUGUGUUUGUUUAUUUGCUUUGAUAAUAUAUCGAGAGUUUGAUGAACAGUUAUGAAAGGGAUUAUAAUAACCUGCAUGGGACAGUUACCAAAGUCUGUAGAUUAAAAAUCUCCUUCCAUGUCUUAUCACUGUGUUAGCACACCGGGAUGUCUGUGCUUUUAGAGGUACUUUACUACUUACACUGUACAAACUGUGGAUCUACUUUUACAAUAAAAUGACUCAACUUGAAGGAAAAA